AUCUAAGAUCAAUUACACCAUAAAACUAAGAUCAGACAUUUUAGAGUGUUUUUUUAAACCUUUAAUUUUUCAAUAGCAUUUUUUGGGAGCAAAAAAUACUUUCUUUGCAAAAUAAUUCUCUAAAAAAAGAUUUUCUUUAUAAAACGCCACAAGAUAAUUUAGGAAAGAAAAUCAGAGUUGCAUCGUCAUUGCUGACUCACAGAUCCAAUGAUCCCGGGUCAUGAGAACAGAUUCCGGGCCCAACUGUCGCACGUGAGUAAGGACCCUUUCUCGUGUGAAUUUAUCAAAUUCAUUACUCUUUUCACUUUUCUGAAAACAAUCAGUUACUCCAACGUUAAUGGCAAUCGCAGAGGGCCCCACCAAAACCGAUUCGCGGUUAAUCUUCACGUAUGGAACCCUAAAGCGCGGAUUCCCCAACCAUUUCCUGAUGGAAAAUCUGAUCGGCGCCGGCGACGUCGUUUUCGUCGGUGAGUACACGACAGUGGAGACCUUCCCGCUCGUCUGCGGGCCCUACGGAAUCCCAUACCUGAUCAACAUCCCCGGGUCGGGUAACCGGGUCAGGGGCGAGCUCUACAAGGUGAAAGGCAGUGGGCUUGGGCCGCUGGACGAUCUGGAAGGGAUCGAGAGAGGCCAUUACGAGAGGCUGCCGUUGACAGUCGCCGGAGACGACGGUGAGACAGUGGCGGCGGAGGCGUACUUCGGGCACCGGAGCUUUGGGGAAGGAAUGUGGAAGAGAUGCGGAGAAUCAGGGUUUGAGGAGUUCACUAUAGAAAUGGGGGAGAAAUAUGAGAGGAAAGAAGACAGGCCUCCCAAUAAUGAUUUUCUUCAAAAUAUCAGAGAUUUUAUCUCCAACGGGAACUGAGAUUGUAAUAUUCCCCUCUCUUAAUUAAACUUUUUAGUUAGAUAAUAAGAAGAAAAAAAACAUGAUUAUGUCAUUGUUAUUGUUGCUAUUAUGUCUAUUGCAAAUGCUUUAAAUUGUAUGGAAAUGAUUAUUGCUGGAAAUGCUCCAUAACUUUGAA